AGAUGAGUCGGUGGUCUUUUCUCGCGUUAAUGAAACACCCCCUUUCCGUAAAUGCUCAUUCCUGAAAAGCCUCCCUGGCUUUCGAAGCACCUAAUAUUCUGCACAUUCCCUCCCGUUUGCUGAAAUCAUUUUCGUUCGCAGGAGCAAAUCAUUUUCCGAGAGAGCAUUUGUGUGCCAGGCAGAAGCACAGCUGAGGAGUUGUCGCUGAACGCAGCGAGCUCAACUCAUUUGAAUAGAUGCUUUGCAGUGGGACACAAUGGUCAGUAUUGAGAAGCAACAUUGAUAAUCACAGAAGAGCAAUUUGAAUGAAAUUACACUUGACAAGCAAUCUCAAGGCGAAACCGAGUAGAGUGGGAGAAUAAGAACCAAUCUCUCAGGACUUGUCCAAGCCAGAAGACUUUCUUCUCUCUCUCUCUAUUUCCCCCUAGAGCUUUUGUUUAAUUUCGUGCAUUCUCUAGGACUGACGACAGGCAGCAAUGGAAGAAAAUAUGGAAGAAGGGCAAACCCAGAAAGGAUGUUUCGAGUGCUGUAUCAAGUGUCUGGGGGGCAUUCCCUAUGCCUCCCUGAUUGCCACCAUCCUUCUGUAUGCUGGGGUGGCACUGUUCUGUGGCUGUGGCCAUGAAGCGCUCUCCGGAACAGUCACAAUUCUGCAAAAUAACUUUGAGGUGGUAAGAGGUGCUGGAGACACCUUAGAUGUGUUCACCAUGAUUGACAUCUUCAAGUAUGUCAUCUAUGGGGUGGCAGCUGCCUUCUUUGUCUAUGGCAUUCUCCUGAUGGUGGAAGGAUUUUUCACUACCGGAGCCAUCAAGGAUCUCUAUGGAGACUUCAAAAUCACCACCUGUGGCCGAUGCGUCAGUGGCUGGUUCAUCAUGCUGACCUACAUCUUCAUGCUGGCAUGGUUGGGAGUGACAGCCUUCACCUCUCUGCCUGUCUUCAUGUACUUCAACAUCUGGACAGUCUGCCAGAACAUCACCAUUGCGGAUUCCACUGAUCUCUGCUUUGACCUUCGUCAGUUUGGUAUUGUUCCUAUUCUGGAACAAAAAACAGUCUGCACCUUAAAUGAGAGCUUCAGCAAGUUGUGCCAAUCCACUGAGCUGAACAUGACAUUCCACUUGUUCAUCGUGGCCCUGGCUGGUGCAGGAGCUGCCGUCAUCGCUAUGGUUCAUUACUUAAUGGUGCUCUCUGCUAACUGGGCCUAUGUGAAGGAUGCCUGCAGAAUGCAAAAGUACGAGGACAUCAAAUCAAAGGAGGAACAGGAAUUGCAUGACAUUCACUCCACCCGCUCCAAAGAGCGGCUAAAUGCGUACACAUAAAGAGCCCCUGCCCCCUUGCUCACACCGGUUACUGCUUUUGUGUCUGACUAAAGCUUAACAAUUGACUUACGACCCUUGUUACUGGUUCAGUAAGUUCCUAUGCGACUCAACUAUGUGUUUCUUUUUUUUUAAAAAAGCAGCGAUCAAAAAUGCAAAAGCCAUGUUUUUUGAUAAAGGGUCAGCCCUCACCUCUCACACAUGCAUUUGAGUUUGUUUUAUGCAAUCAAGUCUCGUAAUCUUUUGCUCUAUUUUCUUUUAAGAAGACUUUAAUAUUGUAAUUUUUCUGUAAACACUCCAAAUUCAAGCAGAGUGACCUCUGUUGAAAAUAUCACUGCACACUCAUUUCACAUCAGUACUUCUUACUUUAAUGGAGAUGAUCUCCCAUUUAUUGCAGAUGCGUGAAGGAAAGUAAUUUGAUACCAGCAUGAUGUUAUUCAUCAUCUGUGGUUAUUUCCAGUCUAUUUUUCCAAGACGUUCGUCCAAUACAAGAUAUCUCUCAGAUAUGCCUACAUUGAUAAAUUUCUGAACCUAAUAAUCAUGUUCAUAUUGAUUGUUUUUGUAUAUUAUCUAAUUAUAGAUACGUUCAUUGAUCAAACAGUUUAAUAUUAAUCAUUAAUCCUUGGGUUUAUGCCAAUUUAAUUUGCUUUAGUGAUAAUGAGUGACUCUCAGUGCAUGAUCAAAAUCUACUAAAAAAUUUAUAUUGCAAUGGGUACAGUUCCUUUUCAAGGGUGAUAAUUGGAAAGUGUUUUAUUUAUUUCUCUGGUGCAGUGGUUUACUAUCUGUUCCUCCUCUGGAAAUAGAAACAUUCAACAUUUUUGAGAAGAUAAAUAAAAAUCAAGAUGGUGUCCAACCCAGACAGAUUAGUCUGCAUGUUCUCCUAUCAGGCAAUCAGAACGUUGUAAUCAAGUGGGGAUGUGGGCAACGCUGAGCACACUAAAUACAUGAGGGCAGCAUCUACACGAGUUUCACACUUCAUGUUCAAAUGCCAACACGUAUAGAGGUCCUUAAUAUAGGAAUCAAUCCAUUAUUUUCAUAUUGGAUUCAUCUCAAUGUCAAUCACCCAUUCAGAUCACGUAGGAUUCUGGGAAGUUUUCUGCCCAUGGCCCCUCAAAAUCAGGCUUUGAAUUUUUUUUUAACUGAUGGAUGAAAGUUUUUGAGGAGCAUGCAUAGGCCAUUAAGAGUCAAAAAAGGUGUGCCUGGAAACUUGCGUGUUUAGCUGACCCUAAGGAAGCAAGUGAAACCUGUUUCAUAGGAGCUUACUACUAUAGGACACACUUGCACAUUCCAUUUGUUUAGAACUUUUUAACUAACUUUGUGAGGACAUUCCUCAAGCACUUCACACAAGAUGGUGAGGUUGGGGGCAGGACAUAACACUUCGGGUAUUCUACCUUUCAUUUCUGUUCUGACACCAAAUAUCGGUGUCGGACCAAACCGCCAAGCUUUUGAGAGUUUAAUCAGUUGGUCUCCACUGAGUGAAAGUAGUUUCGCAUGCAAAAUAUCUAAGAGGAGAAAUUCAGCUUUAGUUGCCAUCACUAAACGUGUGAAGCCCAGCUGGCAGCUGGUACACAUUAAAUGCAAGUGACCGAAGUCAAAUUUCUCCCCCGUCACAUUUGGAGAAACAGCACAAAACCUUUCGCUGUGAACAUAUUCAAGCCACCAGUGACAAAUGUUGGUGUUAAAUAUUUAUAAGAGGGAGAAAUGGUAAAAAAAAAGCUACCUGUGAAUUUUGUACUGUGAGAGGCAUUGAGAGCGUUCCAUCAAUACUGAACCAAAAUGGGUGUGUUGAAUUUUAUUCUGUAUUGCCUAUUGAUACUGCAGUAUGGUGUCUCCCUGAACCCCUAGCCUGAACAAAAUCUCCAUUGAUGUUCUUUGGAUGUAAAAUCCUGGUCUGUUUUUUUUUUCUUUUGGUCUAACUCUUGGACCUAUUGUGGACUAUGGUGAGCUAUUUCCUGAUGUAAGUGCAUUUCUAAUGAAGUUAAGGGAACUGAGAUCUGCUUUAUACUGUAACGGUCACGCAACAUUUGGUAAUUUAGCGUUUUAUGUAUUAGAUAAGAACUUUGACGUAGCUGUUAAUCGCGGCAUGAUUAUACUCUAGGUAUGGGGAUAGCUUCUUGAGAGUUAGCGUUUAUUUUAGCAUUAGGCUGUCUUACUGUAUUGUGUACAGUAUCAUGGUGCUUAUGCUAGCAGGUUUAUGCUGUGACUCUCAUAGAAUAUUUUAAUGUAGUGUUUGGUUAUUUUUGUGUGAUAUCUAUAGGUUGUGUCAAUUUAAUCAAUGUCCUUUGAUUCAGAUAUGAUGUCUUGUAUUCAGUAAUAAUGCUAUUGGCUUUCUGGUACUAGUCUUUGUAUUUUCACAAAGAAUGCUUCGUAGCAGGCUGUAUAAUUAAUCUGUUUUUGUACAUGAAUGUGCCAACAGCUUGACAGUGGCUUUUUUUUUCUUUUGACUGUAGGAAGAAAAUGCUUGCGAUUUAAUAAAUAAAAUAAAUAAAUUUGUG